AUUCCUAUUUUUCCUGCAGCGGAUUCCACGGGCACUCACUCCCUGUACACUUCAUACAAGGAUUAUGAGAUCAUGUUCCAUGUGUCUACUCUGCUGCCUUACACGCCCAACAACAAACAGCAGUUGCUGAGAAAGCGGCACAUUGGGAACGACAUAGUGACCAUAGUGUUCCAGGAGCCCGGAGCUCACCCUUUCACUCCCAAGACUAUUCGCUCCCACUUUCAACAUGUCUUCAUCAUCGUACGAGUACACAACCCCUGCUCCGACAGCACAUGCUACAGUGUGGCUGUCACCCGUUCCCAGGACGUUCCCUCCUUUGGCCCACCAAUCCCGAAAGGCGUGACCUUUCCCAAGUCCACUGUGUUCAGGGACUUCCUUUUGGCCAAAGUCAUCAACGCUGAGAACGCAGCUCAUAAGUCAAAUAAAUUUGGCGCCAUGGCAACACGGACACGGCAGGAGUAUCUGCGGGAUUUGGCAGAGCGACACGUGACCAGUACAUCAGUGGAACCCUCUGGGAAGUUCCCCUUCAUCUCUCUGGCACACAAACGGCGGGAGAAGGUGCGUCCGUACAGCGGGGCGGAGCUACGGAGCCUCGGGGCUAUAACCUGGCAGGUUCAUGCCGAAGAUCAAGUAGCCGGGGCUGAACGCGAGUGCCUGUUGGCCAUUUCAAACGACUUCAUCAUCCUGCUGGAUCAAGAGGCCAAAGCGGUCGUGUUUAACUGUGCCACACGCGAUGUGAUUGGCUGGUCAACCGGGAGCCCCGCCUCUAUGAAGAUCUACUAUGAGCGCGGCGAGAGCGUAUCGCUGCGCUCCAUUAAUAACAACACGGAGGACUUUGGAGAGGUUGUCAAAAGACUGGAGUUGUUGACCAAGGGAAGCCAAACCACAGAGAUGACCUUACGUCGUAACGCCCUGGGCCAGCUGGGCUUUCAUGUCAACUUCGAGGGGAUCGUAGCAGAGGUGGAGCCCUACGGCUAUGCCUGGCAGGCUGGGCUCAGGCAGGGCAGCCGCUUAGUGGAGAUUUGCAAGGUGUCCGUGGCCUCGCUGUCCCACGAGCAGAUGAUUGAUCUUCUUAGAACCUCUGUCACUGUAAAGGUGGUCAUCAUUCCUCCACAUGAAGACUCAACGCCACGCAGAGGCUGCUCAGAAAUCUACCACAUGCCACUUGUGGACUACAAGAACCACAAAGAGGGCAUGCCCUAUGAGUUAAAGUUUCCCUUUCGCUCCACAAACAACAACACCAAGUGGCCACGCACCUCAUCCAGCCCUCAAACGCGUGCUGCUGGCAUGGGAGGAACCCUCAUCAAGGCCCCGCCCACAGACUUAAGUAACCCUGCUGCCAUUCCCCGCAGUGUGUCUAGCGAUGGUCGACCGCUCAACCCCAAAAGAUAUUCCCCAGGGAAUGACAACUAUGCCCUUGCCUGCUCCAUUGUGAUGGGACGCACACUGCACAACACAAACUCCCCUUCCAGUCUCUCCUACACAGACACCAUGGCCUCCACCCACUGGAGGCAAAAGUCUAUGCCUGACGGGUUUAAUAACAACUGCCAGUCCCCCGUUUCAUCUGUGCGCCAUGUGGCAGGUGAGGGCGUCAAUGGGAUCAAAGUAUCGUCGAGCUCAGGUGUUGGAUGGUCACGACCUGGGGAGGGUGAUCCCUCUAGCAGAUCAGGGGACAAACCCAGCUCAGACACCGUGGUUUCCAAGGUGGUGAUUCCUCGACUUCAGCCGUCAGAGCAGAGCAGCCACGUUUCUCCUAACAAGAGCACCAAGGCAGAUGCUCCCUAUUCAUCCAGCCAGUCAAGCAGCAACACACUGUCAAGCAACGCCUCCAGCUCCACCCACAGCGACGAGAAGUGGUACGAAGUUGGCUCCCGUUCCGGAGUGCGGAGUGAACUGGAUCUCAGUGGCUAUCUUCAGGGUACCUCCAGCGACAGCGGCAUUGACGCAACCUCCUUCACUGCCACGCAGAGCAGCACGGCUUCCUCCACUGGUGCCUUCAUGGCAAAAGACAAAAUCCCUUGGCAGGAUGAGCCACCAGACGGCCAGACGGCCGCUGACACUUCACCUCCAACUCCAGACUCUCUUGUCAUCUCUCAAGGCACCGAGAUCCCAGGGAAGAGCCCCUUAUCCUUGCCACUUGGUCCCGAUAGCGGCUCCUACAGCCCAAGUGAUGGCGCCGCCCACUCCAGCUCAGCCUCUUCUGGUCCAUCAGGCUGCAGGCCCAUGUCCCCCCAGGAUGAGGCUGCCCCUGUGCCCACAUCACCCACAUCCUCAAACUGCCAGUCCCCAGGUACCAAGAGCUUCUACCCUCGUCAAGGAGCCACCUCAAAGUAUCUCAUUGGCUGGAGGAAGCCUGGGGGAACUGUUAACUCGGUGGAUUUUGGCAGCACUCGCAAACGGCACCAGAGUGAUGGUUUGCUGGGUGGUCAACCCCAGCUCAGGGCCAAUCUCCGGGGCUCCCAGUCUCCCCAGCGGCACACUGCAAAGUCCAGCCUGGAGGAAGACUUAAAAAAGCUCAUCACACUUGACAGCCCUCCACCCACUACAAAUGAAGAGAAGCCGUUGUUUCCAGGCCCCCCACCUAGUCGACGUUCCCUUCAGAGAACCCUGUCUGACGAGAGCAUUUACAGCGGGCAGAGGGAGCCGUCAUCUAGUGGACAGCGUGAAACGCCUACUGACCUUCUUUUCUCCUGUUCCACCAUGCCACGUUCACCCACCGCCCGCCACGGACCGAGUCGGCGAGCAUCGCACAAAUCCCUCGGAGACCUGUCAGCCCCAGACAGUUCAGAGCUGGACCAAGAGAGGAAGAAACAACAGCUGCAAGAGCCUGUCCUCAUGCCCCUGCCUGACACGGGGGCAGAUGGCCCGCUUGACUGGGCCCACCUGGUAGAUGCUGCCAAGGCCUUUGAGGAGCAGAGGCUGGUUUUCCUAGCAGCCCAGGAGGAGAACUCCAUGGCUGAGAGUGCAGCAGCAGCAGCAGCCACCAGUCCCCAGCAGGCCGAGCCUCAGGCGGCUCCACUGAGACAGCCUUCGCCAGGAGAGACUCCAGCUUGUUUGAUGGGGAAAGUGAGCCAGCUAGAAUCCAUGGUGAAGGCACUACAGGAGGACCUAAAGAAGGAGAAGGAUGCCAAGGCAUCACUACAAGCUCAAAUUGAGAGCCUGCGAGAGGACAACCAGCGUCUCCUCGAGGAGUCCUACAGCGCCUCCGCCAAGCUGAAGAAGUUUACAGAGUGGGUGUUUAACACCAUCGACAUGAACUGAUGCACGCUGCUGCUGACCGCUCUCCACUGGGAGAAUAACCACUACUCAAGCUGAUUUCAAACUCUUCAGUAAUGUUCGGUGCACAACAGAAUCACAUAAAGAAACCAGAGUCGCUCUUGUACUGUUACAAACUAGUGCCAACAUGGAUGUAAACAUCAUCCUUCCUCAGCCUCAUGGAUCUGUUUGAAUAGUGACCACAAAAGACAAAGGAGAAUCCAGGGUGAUAGACAAAAAAGAGCAGCGGCGUAUCUGUGUGUCAGUUUUCAUCAGCAUGCUCUCCCUUACUUAGGAGCUCAUAAAAUAUAAUGUUUUUGUUUCCCCCCCUUGAAUGGACUGUUGGUAUUCCUGCAUGUCAGAGAAAGCGAGAGCACGAUUUCGAAACUAACCCAAACCUAAAGGGAUUUAAAGUCACUGUUUAGCUCCCCAGCUGUAACCUAAUUUUACGUGAACGGAUUUCCAAUUAAACAAAAAACUCUAACACAAAUUAAAAUUUCUUCAAGAGUUGCCGAAUAUAGUCCCUGAUCUUAAUUGACAGGUGUGCUGUAAAUGUGCUGCCGUUAAGACAUUCUCCAGUUUUCCCAGUUCACAGAUAACAACACUGAUUAUUUUUGUAUUACUAACAAAGAGAAAAAAGGUAAAGUAGAUACUAUAAGAGAGGAUGGGAGUUGCAUUUUUGAUGGUUAGUGUUGGUAGGUAGGCACAGAUAGACAGACAGACCCUUUGCAUAGCACAUACUGUAAACACUGUAAGGUCGAGUGCCUGUCUGUAUCGCUUAUGUAAAAGACUGUGCAAGUGUAGCGAGGGUUAUUGCAAGUAAAACUUGUAUAGGACUACUGGUCACAUGAAAAGAUAAAAAAAAAUAUAUAUUACAAACACAAUAUGGGUGCCAUAAAGAUAGAAAUCGACAAUUCACUGUCACUUAUUCAGAUUACUGUAAAUAUGUGAUGUUCACAUUUAUUUUUCUCAUGCCUUCCCUUGAUAUAAUAAUGUAAAGAGUAUUUAUGUCAAAGAUGAUGGCCAAGAAAAGCAAAACAGCCAUAUGCAGUUAGAGAUAUGUACAGUAUAUACAAGUAAUGGUUUCCUACGUGACAAGAUGUAUCCUUUGAUUCAAACGUUUCCAGCAGGAGCCGGGGAACUUUUGAUCCAGAGUACAGUGCUAGAGAACAUAUUGAUAUUUUUAAUCCUAAAAACUUUUGCCUGCUGCAGUAGAUUGAUUUGAGAGCGCCACUUAGUGUUGACAAGAUGUAAAAUACUACUACAGUGAACUCACAUCCUUUUCCUCCCAUAGCACGCUAAAAUGCCUCAAUCUGAUCCCUAAAUCUCUGGAUGGAGUCAGUUGGUACUGUUAUAUUAUUGCAGAUAAGAUGCUGUGUAAAUCCUGAAAUCCCAGCUACAGUUUUCUGUACUUCUGUAAAUCUGCGCGAAAGCCCACACAGAAUCUGAUCUGCAGAUGACCGAGCUCAGUCCUUAUUUAAGCCUCAUACUUUAACUAUUUCCUUUUGUACCCUGAUGCUGUGCAACUGUAUAUAAGGAGAGUUUAAUAUUCAUCAAAAUCGCACCUUCGUUCUUAUUUUUUACAGUUAUUUUUGAUGUCUUUCUGCUUUACUUGCUAGUCCAGAGUGGAACCACGAGCCGGACUCAGACAAAAUGAGUCGUAGGCCCAUAACGGUAGCAGAUUGCCCCUAUGCCUUCAUUCUUAACAUGUGUGUCAGCAUGUGAUUCUGUUUCCAUUGAGCUGUGAUGUGUAAAAACAAACACACAAAAAAAGUUUAUAUCUAUUAAAG